AUGCUCCAGAAAUUGAUCUUUCUUUCCUUGUUUUCCUUUGCCAUUUCGGCCGAAGUUUCUCAUUAUCAGCACGUCAAGGCGGAAGUGAGGGAGAAUGGUGCUCCUGUCACUGUAUCAGGCGGGGGAGAAGAACGUAAGUUUUAAAAAUGUUUUUUAAAACUGAAUUUAGACUUGAAAGGGUCCCACUUGAGCUUUUUGGCCUCGGGAUUUAGCUCGACCUAGUCCCUUGCCGGGCCAGUACAAAUUUAAAAACGGCCGGGCCUGGGCCGCACAUGUAAGCUCAAGAGCUGGAGUCAAAAUUAAGUUUUGGCUUCUAUAUAGAUGAUUUAAAAUUUAGUUGAUCUCAAAAUAAAAAGAUAUUAUUAUAGAGCACACAGUCCAAACAGCCACAGUAGUAGGACCUACUACCACCCACACCGUCUUCAAGGGUCUUCGUGACCUUUUAGACGAAAUGGAGAAUCAAUUUUCGAAUUUCAAAGUACCAUCCUUCUCUUUUUCAUCCGACCACUACCCAGCAUCAGUAUCAUCCGUCCAUCCCAAGUACAGUACGUUCGGCCAAUCUUCAAGCAGUCAAGGCAUAAUGCCCAUGCCUGGCCAAAAAUCCUUCAGUCAGAUUAUGAUGCCAUCUGCUAGCCAAAAAUGCGAUCGUAUCGCUGGAGCCGAUUCUCUGAAGUUCGAAUGUGGUGUAGCCGACUUCAAACCAGAAGAAGUUCAUGUCAAACUGAAUGGUGAGACCUUGAAGUUGAGUGGAUAUCAUGAACAAAAGAUCGAUGGAGGAGUGAGGAAGAUUAGUUUUGAAGAAAGUGUUCUGGUACCUGCUGUUGAUUACAAUUUGGACGAGAUCAAGAGCUUCAUCGACCAGAAUAAUGUGCUGAAUGUUGUUGUACCUAAAAAGAAAACGGCCAAAGGUGAAGGUGUUAGAGAAAUUGCUGUUCAGAGAAGUUAA